CGGGGCUUUGAGGCUGCGAUCUAUAAACCUUAGAGCGCUCAAAAGUUAGAGGCAAGCGUAGCUCCACGUGAUUUUUUAAUCAGUAAAACCUGUCAAGCGCGACAUUGGUCUAGUCUCUCCUUUGAAGGCGGGGCAGCCAACGUAAAGGCCAAUCACAAACGGUAUUCAGCAGCCGCCCUGUGUUCCAAGCAGCUCAUUGGUUGUUGUCACAGACGCGAGCAGAACUUCUCUAGUUCAAACCUUUCCUAAAUGAACGCGUCAAAAAAUGUUGCGAGGUCGUACAGCAACGUCAAACUAGUCCAGUGGGGAUUUUUGAAAAUCUAUUUUUACCACUAAAACUGUUUUUUUUUUUAUCACUGAAAGAAGCACGGAGGAACAUUGAGCGGCCAAGUGCCAGUUUCCAUGGCAACAUGGAUACAGGAAACAUGGACUUCCUGAAAUGGACUUCUGAGGAGGUUGCAAGAUGGAUUGAGUCUAUAGGAUUUCCACAGUAUAAAGCCAUCUCCGCUCGUGUGCGCGAGCUGCUGGGCAUCACAGAAGCCCUGUGGAGUCGCAGCAUCGCCGACCCGCCGCGGGAUAACAUGGGCCUCUUCCUGGAGAUGAAGAGCCGCACAGGUGUCAAGUCGGACCAGCUCACCUAUCAGCAGCUCCUGGAUGACAUCUGCCACUGACGAGACGAAACCCAGCGUGCGUGAGAGUGUGAGUGUGACAAAGUGGUGGAAAGCGGGAUGUGUCAAUGCAAUUUUCAUCCCGCCAACUGUCUUGGUGACUCACUUGCAUGCGGGCCCUGACAUUCACACUUCCCACCUGCUGAGUGCUGGCGUGCAGUAAUUGAGGCUGGUACAAAAUACAUUUAUUAGAAUAUGCUGUCUCAUCAAAUCCAUGUAAUAUUCAUCUCAAUAAACACCCGCUUAAAUAUCAUGCAGCUGUGUUUGUUAGCCGUACCGUCCCAUUUCUGUAAGCUAUUACAUUAAAAGGCUCAUUUGUUACCUUCCACAUGAGCCAGCUCCGGCUGGAGAUGGGACAACUUAAAACCAAUUGUUUGCAGCUGGGAGACGCCUGUUCUUUUUUCCAUGCUCCCAGGACGCUCUCGCUUAGAUUUCUUCUCAUUUUUGGACAUGUAAUUGCUUGCAUCUUCUAGUAGCGUCCCCACCCUCAUUGUUUCCUUGCCAA